CGUGGCGACGCUGCCGCCGACGCUUCCUCCAUAGACAACCGAGCGGCUCGCAGAUCCGGAGUCGCCUGAGCUAUAGUUGGAGGGGUUGCCGUCGCCCUCGCCCUGUGAGGACGGGAGGUCGGUGACUGGCCUGAGGUUGCUAUGGUGCUGAGUUCUCCGGUAGAGCCGACUGAGGAGAGGUGGUUGCGGCCAUGAAGGCGGGAGCCACAUCUAUGUGGGCUUCGUGCUGUGGGCUCCUAAAUGAAGUCAUGGGGACCGGAGCGGUGAGAGGCCAACAAUCGGGAUUUGGAGGAGGUACCGGCCCAUUCAGAUUUGCACCAAACACUGACUUUUCCACAUACCCACCAGCAGCUACAGGAGGAGCUAAUAUAGUUUGCAAAGCCUGUGGACUUUCAUUUUCAGUUUUUAGAAAAAAGCAUGUAUGUUGUGACUGCAAGAAGGAUUUUUGUUCUGUCUGUUCAGUCAUACAAGAAAAUUUUCGAAGAUGUUGUACUUGUCACUUGUUACAAGAAACUGCCUUUCAGCGCCCUCAGUUAAUGCGACUGAAAGUCAAAGAUCUGAGGCAGUUCUCUAUUCUUCGAAAUAUACCAAUAGACACUUGGCGAGAGAAAGCAGACUUGGUUGAUCUUGUACUGUGCCAUCAUGUUGGCUCUGAGGAAGACAUGGACACACAGCUGAAUUCUUCAAGGUCACAGACUUGCUUUUUUACACAUCCAUUUUUUUCAAUACCAGUCCCUUCUCCAACAGUGUCUUCAUCGCAGGGAGACCUCACAAGCCAAAGAGGAAACUCAGGCCCUGCAGCACUUUCACAGGGACAAGGUGGAACGCCCUUGACAAACCCAGAAGAUGAGGAAGAAAAUGCUGAAGAGAGCCCUGGACUCUCUAGGAAGCGGAUGAGAGCUUCAUUAUCUGAUCUAUCAAGUCUUGAAGAUGUUGAAGGGAUGAGUGUCCGGCAAUUGAAGGAAAUCCUUGCUCGGAAUUUUGUCAACUAUUCUGGCUGUUGUGAAAAGUGGGAGCUGGUAGAAAGAGUGAAUAGACUCUACAAAGAGAAUGAGGAAAACCAAAAAUCAUAUGGUGAUAAGAUGCAGCUCAAUAGUGAAGAUGACAAUCUCUGCAGGAUCUGCAUGGAUGCAGUCAUUGACUGUGUUCUUCUGGAGUGUGGCCACAUGGUCACUUGCACCAAAUGUGGCAAGCGCAUGAGCGAGUGUCCCAUCUGCCGGCAGUAUGUGGUUCGAGCUGUGCAUGUGUUUAAAUCAUAGAAAGUCUCCUACUCAGCCCCACAAUUUUAUUUCAAUAAGCAGACAGGAUUUGAAACCAUUACUGUUCAAAGGCUGGACUUUUUUUGUUUUGUUGUUGUUGGGGCUUGGUUGGUUGUUUUUGGGUUUUUGUCUUAAAUUUCAUUAUGAAUUGUGGAAAGAAGAGUCCAUCUUGCUCAGUUUGAUGUGGAAACACUUUCUUUGUGACAUUUCCUUUGGCAACGUGGGAGGGAGUUUAGGGGUGGUAGAAGGUUCCCAGGACCCUUCCCAUUGACAAGAGCUUCCAGGUUUGUUCACAAACUGUUAUAAGGAGUCAAACUGUUUGAGCUUGCCUGUUGCUCUCUUCUUAAGAAUACUGCCCCCCCUCCCCUUCAUCGCCCCAGAAAUAAUUUUUAACUGCUGCCCCCUUCCAACAAGAUCAGUGUCAGUAAGUGUACUCUAAGCAGUGGUCACACAGAUUAUUUACCCUUUUAGUUAAGUGUGUUUAAAAUGCUAAUCGAUAAAUGUAAGUUUCCA